CUGACAAUUCUUUCGUGAUCAUGUGACUGAUCAAAAUGGUAGACAGACUUCCCUGUAAUACUUAUCGAACCAGUGUGUAAAAUGGGAACAGAAUACAGAUACCAGAAUAUAGCUUAUCGUGAUUUAACCGAGCUUCCUCAAGACUUGAUAGAAAGGACAGCUAAAUAUGUAGAAGAACUUGAUCUAACAGCAAACAGAAUCUCUGAUCUUAGAUUUCUUAUUGAGUAUCAAAGUCUGAAGUCUUUAGUGUUGGACCACAAUUUUGUGACUUCACAUGUGAAAAUUGCAGACAUGCCAAGCUUACAUACAUUAUGGGUCAACCACAACAGAAUAGAUAAUUUAAGUGUGUUUAUUUCAACUCUGGCAAAGAAAUGUCCUAAUUUGAAGUAUUUGUCUAUGAUGAACAAUAAGGCAGCACCAAGUUACUUCAACAAUGGCACUUUUCAACAAUAUAUAGACUACAGAUACUUUGUAAUAAGCAGACUUCCAAAGCUUGAGGUAUUAGAUGACAAGAAAAUUGACAGGACUGAGCGAUCUGAGGCGGAACGAAUAUAUAAACCGGUGAGAAAAAGAGUGAAAAAGAAACACAUAACUGGUGACUGAACAUAUAUAAAGGUUGCCUACUAGAUAUACCAUAACAUACUGUUGUUCUCAAACAAUCUGACUAGGACACAAAGUUGAUAUACAUUUAAAUAUAAACUCAUAUCUACCUAAUGCUGCAAUCAUGUUUUAAUUAUUAGAAUAUCCCUGUUUCUCAUAUUCUCAGGGUUUCUCAUAUUCUCAGGGUUUCUCAUAUUCUCGUAUUUUGCCUUCAAGUUGUCAAAUAAUUUAAUGUUUGUUAUUUUCUAGACAGGAAUGGUACAAAACUGACACACUGAAAAUUUCAAUUGAUUUGAAUGCAUAUUGACGAAACUAUCAGCAUUUUACUCAAUUUUUAAAAAAAUCCUUAUUUUUUUCUGGUGGUGUUAGCAAAUUUGCCAUAAAUUAUUGAUUAUGCAAUUAAUUGUCAUAUUUCUUGAUGUAUUUACUACAGAAUAUAUCUUUUUAUUACGCAAUGGUAAUUUUAAUGUUUUAAAUUCUAUAACUUAUUUGCGAUGAAAAGUCAAAUCUAAAUCCACGGGAAUACGAGAAACUCUUGGUCCAUUUCUGUGGGUGAGGGUGGUAUCAAAUACAGGAACAAAAUAAUUAAAUGGGAUAAUUUCAGUACCAUUUUAUGACUCCAUCUGAAAGACAAGUGAAUUUAUUUUCAAAAUAACACCCAAAUGCUGUUUAUGAAAAGGUUAAUCUGUUACUGGGAAUAAAAACAACCCCUUAGGUCCCCGAGAAUAUGAGAAAACAGGAUAUACAUGUAGAAAAUAUUAUACAUUUUGCUUAAUUGGCUUAAUAAGUAAUUUGUGAGGUAUUUGAAAUAAUUGAUUGUAAUCUAAUUAUUUCUGUUGAGACUGAGUAUAACAUUUAUUCAACAGUAUUUCAUUAAACAUGUAUUAUACUAUGAGCAUAUUUUCUAUGUAAUCUCACAAUAGUGACUUCCUCCUGUUAAAAUGUUUUUACUCUUUACUAAAUGACUGUGCCUGUGUCCAUUGUAUAUGGAUAUUUUCUUAUGUCUGUGGAAGAUAUAGGCAUACAGACACUAAAUAGAAAAAUGGCGCAAAAAAAAAUGGUAGUCGCAUAAUGGCAGAUACAAAUAGUCCUCAGCUUUUUUGCUCUGUAGAGCUAUUUUCCUUAUUUUCUUUGCAAUUUUUUUUCUAUUUUUUUGCUAAAAUCACAUGACAGAUCUAUGCUUGACAUGUAGGUAGCAUUUUCAUAAUGAAAUAACAACAUAACAAAAUAUUUCAUGGAAACUUAGAUCAUACACCACCAGUAUAAUUUGGGGUCUCAUUUUUAGCUCACCUGUCACAUAGUGACAAGGUGAGCUUUUGUGAUCACCCUUUGUCCGUCGUCUGUCGUGUGUGCGUCCGUGCGUCCGUCCGUCAACAAUUUCUUGUCUGCACGAUAGUGGUUUCAUUUAUGAUUUUAUUUUAACCAAACUUACGCACAACUUGUAUCACCAUAAGAUCUCGGUUCCUUUCUUGAACUGGCCAGAUCCUGUUAUGGGUUCCAGAGUUAUGGCCCCUGAAAGGGCCAAAAUCAGCUAUUUUGACCUUGUCUGCACAAUAGCAGCUUUAUUUAUGAUUUGAUUUUUACCAAACUGGCACACAACUUGUAUCACCAUAAGAUCUUGGUUCCUUUCUUGAACUGGCGAGAUUCCAUUAUGGGUUCCAGAGUUAUGGCCCCUGAAAGGACCAGAAUUAGCUAUUUUGCCCUUGUCUGCACAAUAGCAGCUUCAUUUAUGAUUUGAAUUAAUCAAACUUGCACAAAACUUGUGUAGCCAUAAGAUCUCAGUUCCUUUGUUGAACCGGCCAGACCCCCUAAUGGGUUCCAGAGUUAUGGCCCCUGAAAGGGCCAAAAUUAGCUAUUUUGAACUUGUCUGCACAAUAGCAACUUCAUUUAUGAUUUGAUUUUAACCAAACUUGCACACAACUUGUAUCACCACAAGAUCUUGGUUCCUUUCUUAAACUGGACAGACUCCAUCAUUGGUUCCAGAGUUAUGGCCACUUAAAUGUCCAAAAUUGGCUAUUUUGGCUUUUGCAGCCAUAUAGAGACUUCAUUUACAAACUUCCAAAAUAUCUUCAACAACAAUAAAUCUUGGAUUCCAUGACAAAUCAGAUCCAUUCGUAGUUUCCAGAGUUAUUUUAUAUCUGAUACCUCCCCUGAUUGGAAUCAAAAUGGAUUUAUAUCAGUAAGUACUUACAGGACUUAUUUGAAAUUUCAUUAUUGUCAUUAGUUGGACCGAGGCAAUCAGGGUAGAUAACUAUGGACUGAUUUUAUGUCAAAUUACCUCCCUUUAUUUUUGAAAUUAAAAUGGGUAUAUCUCCAUAACUAAUGAAGAUACUGAUCUGAAAUUUCAUUUAUGUUAACAGAUUUAUUUGGCAGAUCCUUCUUUUGUUAACUUCAAUAAUUUUCUUUUGAAUUACUUCCCUUUUACGUUACUAUAAAUAGCCUAUUUUUAGUAACUUUUUUGUUAUUGGCCGUAGGGAAAAACCGAGACCACUUUUCUGUGGUACAACAUGGAUGGUACCUCCAAUUUUUAGCUCGACUAUUCGAAGAAUAGUCUAGCUAUUCUACUCACCCUGGCGUCGGCGUCAGCGUCGGCGUCACACCUUGGUUAAGUUUUUGCAUGCAAGUACAUACAGCUAUCAUUAAAGGCAUAUAGCUUUGAAAGUUAUUUAUUCUUUUUCUAGGUCAAUUACCAACCUCACUGGGUCAAGUUCCAUAACUCUAACAUGUAUUUUGAGCAAAUUAUGCCCCCUUUUGGACUUAGAAAAUUCUGGUUAAAGUUUUACAUGCAAGUUACUAUCUCCAAAACUAAUGCAGAUAUUGAAUUGAAACUUCACAUGUGUCUUCGGGGUUAUGAAACUAGUUGAUAGCACCAAGUCCCAUAACUCUGACCUUCAUUUUGGCCAAAUUAUGCCCCCUUUUGAACUUAGAAAAUUUUGGUUAAAGUUUUGCGUGCAAGUACAUACAGCUAUUACUAAAAGGCAUACAGAUUUGAAACUUAUUUUUUCUUUUUCUAGAUCAAUUACCUACCUCACUGGGUCAAGUCCCAUAACUCUGACAUGUAUUUUGGCCAAAUUAUGCCCCCUUUUGGACUUAGAAAACUCUGGUUAAAGUUUUGCAUGCAAGUACAUACAGCUAUUACUAAAAGGCAUAUUGAUUUGAAACUUAUUUUUUCUUUUUCUAGAUCAAUUACCUACCUCACUGGGUCAAGUCCCAUAACUCUGACAUGUAUUUUGGCCAAAUUAUGCCCCCUUUUGGACUUAGAAAAUCCUGGUUAAAGUUUUACAUGCAAGUUACUAUCUCCAAAACUAAUGCAGAUAUUAAAUUGAAACUUCACAUGUGUCUUCGGGGUUAUAAAACUAGUUGAUAGAAUCAAGUCCCAUCUCUGACAUGUAUUUUGGGCAAAUUAUGCCCCUUUUUGGACUUAGAAAAUCCUGGUUAAAGUUUUGCGUGCAAGUCCAUACAGCUAUUACCAAAAGGCAUAUAGCUUUGAAACUUAUUUAUUCUUUUUCUAGGUCAGUUACCAACCUCACUGGGUCAAGUUCCAUAACUCUUAACAUGUAUUUUGAGCAAAUUAUGCCCCCUUUUGGACUUAGAAAAUUCUGGUUAAAGUUUUACAUGCAAGUUACUAUCUCCAAAACUAAUGCAGAUUGAAUUGAAACUUAACAUGUUUCUUCAGGGUUAUUAAACUAGUUGAUAGCAUCAAGUCCCAUAACUCUGAUAUGCAUUUUGGUCAGAUUAUGUCCCGUUUCGAACUUAAAACUCUUUUGAUAUUUAACAUUUUGGGUAAUAAAUUCCUGCUUCUGUGACAAUAUUUCAAAUAGUCGAGCUUGGCUGUCUUACGGACAGCUCUUGUUAGCUCACCUGUCACAAAGUGACAAGGUGAGCUUAUGUGAUCGCACGGUGUCCGUCGUCCGUCCGUGUGUGCGUCCGUGCGUCCGUCCGUAAACUUUUGCUUGUGACCACUCUAGAGGUCACAUUUUUCAAGGGAUCUUUAUGAAAGUUGGUCAGAAUGUUCAUCUUGAUGAUAUCUAGGUCAAGUUCGAAACUGGGUCACGUGCCGUCAAAAACUAGGUCAGUAGGUCUAAAAAUAGAAAAACCUUGUGACCUCUCUAGAGGCCAUAUAUUUCACAAGAUCUUCAUGAAAAUUGGUCAGAGUGUUCAACUUGAUGAUAUCUAGGUCAAGUUCGAAACUGGGUCACGUGCCGUCAAAAACUAGGUCAGUUGGUCUAAAAAUAGAAAAACCUUGUGACCUCUCUAGAGGCCAUAUAUUUCACAAGAUCUUCAUGAAAAUUGGUCAGAACGUUCACCUUGAUGAUAUCUAGGUCAAGUUCGAAACUGGGUUACGUGCCAUCAAAAACUAGGUCAGUAGGUCAAAUAAUAGAAAAACCUCGUGACCUCUCUAAAGGCCAUAUUUUUCCAUGGGAUCUGUAUGAAAGUUGGUCUGAAUGUUCAUCUUGAUGAUAUCUAGGUCUUUUUCAAAAUUGGGUCACAUGCGGUCAAAAACUAGGUCAGUAGGUCUAAAAAUAGAAAAACCUUGUGACACCUCUAGAGGCCAUAUAUUUCAUGGGAUCUAUAUGAAAGUUGGUCUGAAUGUUCAUCUUGAUGAUAUCUAGAUCAAGUUUGAAAGUGGGUCACAUACCAUCAAAAACUAGGUCAGUAGGUCAGAUAAUAGAAAAACCUUGUGACCUCUCUAAAGGCCAUAUUUUUCAUGGGAUCUGUAUGAAAAUUGGUCUGAAUGUUCAUCUUGAUGAUAUCUAGGUCAGGUUCGAAACAGGGUCAUGUGCGGUCAAAAACUAGGUCAGUAGGUCUAAAAAUAGAAAAACUUUGUGACCUCUCUGGAGGCCAUAUUUUUCAAUGGAUCUUCAUAAAAAUUGGUCUGAAUGUUCACCUUAAUGAUAUCUAGGUCAAGUUUGAAACUGGGUCACGUACCUUAAUAAACUAGGUCAGUAGGUCAAAUAAUAAAAAAACUUUGUGACCUGUCUAGAGGCCAUACUUUUCAUGGGAUCUGUAUGAAAGUUGGUCUGAAUGUUCAUCUUGAUGAUAUCUAGGUCAAGUUUGAAAUUGGGUCAACUGCGGUCAAAAACUAGGUCAGUAGGUCUAAAAUUAUUAAAAUCUUUUGACCUCUCUAGAGGCCAUAUUUUUCAAUGGAUCUUCAUGAAAAUUGAUCUGAAUGUUCAACUUGAUGAUAUCUAGGUCAAGUUCGAAACUGGGUCACAUGCGGUCAAAAACUAGGCCAGUAGGUAUAAAAAUAGAAAAACCUUGUGACCUCUCUAGAGGCCAUAUUUUUCAAUGGAUCUUCAUGAAAAUUAGUGAGUGUUCACCUUGAUGAUAUCUAGGUAAAGUUCAAAACAGGGUCACGUACCUUCGAAAACUAGGUCAAUAGGUCAAAUAAUAGAAAAACCUUGUGACCUCUCUAGAGACUAUAUUUUUCGAUGGAUCUUCAUGAAAAUUGGUCAGAAUUUUUAUCUUGAUAAUAUCUAGGUCAAGUUCAAAACUGGGUCACAUGAGCUCAAAAACUAGGUCACUAUGUCAAAUAAUAGAAAAAACGAUGUCAUACCCGAAACUGGGUCAUGUGGGAAGAGGUGAGCGAUUCAGGACCAUCAUGGUCCUCUUGUUAGGUGUAUUUUGACAUAUCUGUACCUUGUAAGAAUUUUGUUUUUCUUUUUGGUUAAAUUUCUUUCCUUUGUUGUUCCUGUCCUUUGGACUUAGAUAUUUUUUCUGAGGACCUUCAUGUCCUCAAGUGCAAUGAUAACAGGUGAGCGAUAUAGGGCCAUCAUGGCCCUCUUGUUUAGCUGAUUUUGCAGUUUGUGUGUUUGAAUGAAAUUAUUUUUCUUGCAUCAAACAUGACCCCCACUUUUCUUUUGAUUUUUAGUUAGCACUGACAAUAUUCUUCAAGAAAAUGUAAGUUACAGACAUUUAAAAUGGGUCCUGAUGUGUGCUGCUAUCAUUGGAAAUAUGUCAAUUUUAUAUAGAAUAAAGAACAACAACUA